UGGAACAUUUAUACUCGUGUAAGGUAUAUAGAGGGUAUAAUAAAGGGGAACGAGUAGAAGAUUGGAAAAGUGAUGACCCGAAAAUACUAAAACCAGCACUAGAAUAUGUUAGAAAGGCAUUAUCAAUUAGAGAAAGUAAAAUAAUUAAUGCUAACUUGUAGACAGAAUUUCCUUAUCUGCAGGAUUUCUCCGCACAUUCCAAGAGAAUCUGUGCCUUGUGAAAUACAAGAGAGGGACCCCAAGAUACAAGAUACAAGAUACAACCCUGUGACAAUUCGGCAUGUCACACUACUUACAAAUAUUUGGGUGCUAUUAUUAGUAACGAUCUUUGCUGGAAUGCCCACAUUGACUAUAUUUAGACACGAAGGCCACCCUUCUUUAUGAGGACCGUGAGCAAUGCUAACCAAUCUGCAGAUUGCUAAUGGAUGUAUUUGUGAUUGCAACCAAAUUGCUCUGCACAAAAUUAUGAGUGAAUUUAUUGAUGGCGAACCAUGCAAUAACAAUCAUGAAGAAACCCUUCAAAGGCUUAGUGCUAUCACAAUAGUUUUAGAGACUUUCUCGCCUUGUAAUGCAUGGACGAAUCUGAGAAAUGUUUGUGCAUCACGGAGAUGUGUUAAGACAUUGCUCACGACGCUAUGUGCUGAAAAUAGAUACAUUUCUUAUGAAUCUGAACUAGCUUCUGUGGCAGCACUAACCUCAAGUAUCAUGGGCAAAGAAGAAAUGCGAUACUUUCUUCACCAAGUUAUUCUAAAGCUGGUGCAACAAACUCAGGGAAAUUUUCAGCAAAUUAUCCUAUUAGAUGUGUUGAGUCAUUCCUUAAGCACUUGUUACUUUGAGUACAGUGAAACACGUUGUCUUCCUCAAACCUGUCCAACUGCCAGACAACAUCCGGUGAGUCACAAAGAAUCGCUAACUAAAUCAGAUAUUUUGCAAGAAAUUCUAUUGGUCUUGGAUCAACACUGGCACAAACUUGUUGAGGUGUUUGCUUCAAGAUCUGCCAGUGAGUUGCAGAAUGAGAAUCUGACUCUAGCCUGGUUGUCGCUAUGGAUACGUGUUCUAGAAGCACAGAGAAAGUUAGCAGUGGAAGAGUGUGGGAAAGAUGGUAAGCACACGUGUUCAGAGUAUUUGUCUUCUCAUCCCAGUGUUGCAGUGAACAUGCUAAAACGCUCUAUUUCGAGACUAGUGUGGACGCGUAUGUUGGAGUUAAUGCUCUUAUCACUAGCACUCGACAUGUACGACUGCCAUCAGCUGGCUAUUGAGAUUUUCCAAUUUUUCCAUGAUGGUACUGAUCAUAUGCCAGACACAACUGUGGUAGCUGGCUUUGUUGGUCCCAACCUUAGUACAGGCCGAGCCUGUAAAGUGGUGGAUUUGACUAGAACUGUGAAAGACUGCACCAGUGUUCAUAAAGAUGCCAGGAAAAGAAAGCACUGCAAUUGGGAUGGCCUUUCAGGCGGAGACAGUGCAGCCGUAGUUGCCAUUAAAACACCCAAGACUCGGCCAAUAGGUGUCAGCACAAUCAUGCGCAAGUUUGUUCUUCUAAUUGUGAAGUCAGCCGUCCUGGUGCUACAAACAAACAGAGAAGAAGUGGCUUUGAUGAAAACGUCUUCAUCGAUGUUCAAAAUGGUCAUCGCCUUGCUAAGUAGACAUAGACUGGUGGUUAGACCUAAUAGCUGUAGUUGGGUACAGCAACUGUAUGGAGACCAAGAUGAUGAGCUCAUAGAUAUGAUGAUGGAAUUACUUAAGUUGUACACUUUUAUGGCUCCUGCACACAGUGAGGUGACAGAUGCUAUGAGCCCCCAUAUAAUCUUCUCCCAGUUUCUAGAGAUGAUAUCAUUCGAUCACCAAGUGCUGCUUGACCUGCUCAUCUCAAAUGAGACGAACUUCUUAGAAUAUCUGACCAGGUAUCUCAGGUUAGUCAGCAAUGAUCGCGAGUCAUUCUUCGGCCACUUGUCGGCGGUCAACGGUUACCGACGUUGCUGCCCAGGGCUCUCGGUUCUCAACGCUUGGCGUGGAAUGAGGCUGCCUGCUUCCACAGCUCCAUCGCCAGCAGAACGUGAGGCUUUAUGCAAUCAAGCAUCGGGACAUUUCAGCUGUGCUGCGACAUGUCACGAUGAAAGCAGUGAGCAUGGAGAGACUCCCUUGCUCGUUAGGCUGUGUGCCUACUCCGACUCAGAUGGUUCUGAUGUGGAGGCGGACGUGGACUCAGCCACAUCGUUGCUGCAAGAGACUCACAGUCAGACGAAAAAUCUGCUGUUAAACACUCAUACUGUGAUAUCAAACGAUUCCGAAGAUGUCGGUCCAAAUAUAGGUUUCUAUCCAGCGAAGACAAUCGCAGGCAAUGCUGCAUGCACCACUGAGUGCAAUGAUCAUGUAAUUCACCAAUAUUGCUCCACACUUGCCAGCAAGAAGAUGGACGAAAGGGAAAAAAACUAUGCAAAAAAAGGAAUGCAAAAGGAACAGACACAUGCUGAAAUGAGCGACAGCAGCCAUGCAUGUUUGAGGGAUACUGCCUGCCAGGGUGUUGAGCAGCAUGUUGUAAACACCCUGAAGAAAUUGCUGAUUUCUGUCGAAAGGUUGCAGAAACGUGGGCUCUUUCCAUAUCAUGCGGGACCCCUCUGCAGGCGGCUGGCUAAUGUGUGCAAAUGAUUAGGCCCAUGUUCUUGUAUGCUCUGGUGUGUGACCGAUAGAGUAAUUGCUCACAUUAUUAAAAAUCAAUUCUGACUUGGG